GUCUUAUAACUUUAAUCAUUUUUUUAGCAACAAGAAGAUAGCACCAUCCAUUCAAAAUGGCUGCUAAAUACAAACUAUCUUACUUUGAAGAAAGAGGAAGAGGUGAAGUACUUCGUCUUAUGUUUGCUGGAGCUGGUCAAGAGUUCGAAGAUGACCGAUUAAAGGGCGAUUCAUGGGCAGCAUUUAAACCAAAAACACCAUAUGGCCAGAUGCCUGUGUUAACGGUAGAUAAUAAAACCAUGAUUAACCAGACGGGUGCCAUUGCUCGGUUCAUUGCUCGUGAAUUUGGAAUGUAUGGUACCAAUAACAUGGAAAAUACCAAAUGUGACGUCAUCUUUGAGACCAUCAAUGACAUGUUCACAGAAAUGAUAAAAGUGUUUUUCGAAAAAGAUGAAGCAAAAAUGGCAGAAAAUAAUAAAAAAUUGAAUACAGAAGUUUUACCCAAAUUUUUCGCUUUUAUGGCCAAGUUACUGAAAGAAAAUGGAGGAAAAUGUCUAGUAGGAUCUAAGCUUUCAGUAGCAGACGUUGCCUUCUUUGACAUUCUUGAUAAAAUAACCGAGGGUAAAAGUAUGGGUGCAGGUUUAUACAAAGACUUUGCCGACAUCAAAACGUUUUACGAAAACGUGCAGAAAUUGCCGAAAAUUAAGAGUUAUUUAGAGAAGCGACAGCCAUCUGAUAUAUAAAUCUAGCAACACUCAUUAUCAUCAUUUUAUUUAUGUCUUAAACAUUAACAUGGCCCAUCAACAACAGACUAACAUAUAUGUGAACAAACCGGGGGGGGGGGGGGGG